GCCACGCCACGCCACGCCACGCCACGCCACGCCACGCCACGCCACGCAGCACGACCCUCUCCUCUCCACUUGCUCCCGUCACCUGCCGAUGCACCACUGACCCCCACGCACGCUGCAAGAGGAGACUAGGAGCUUCUCUCGCGUUAGCGUCUCUCUCGCCUUUGCUGUGUUCCCUACCCCCCUCUAAGCUCCCCACGGGGUAUUCCCUUUCUCUCUCACGAGCGAGUGGGCGUGAAGGUUUGCAGUGCCAGUAGCGGCGCACAAGAGCCCAGCAGCGCCACCUAGGAGUCACUGGAAGAAGAAGCGGACGUACGUACGGACGGACGAAGGAUGGCGAGCGACGGAAACAAGCAGAACUUUGAGGUGGAGGAGAUGAUCGAGGACACGGCAGUGGACGGCGGCGCGGAGGUAGGGGGCGGCGGCGACGCGAGCGGCGCGGCGGCCGCCGACUUUGUCCACCCCGACCGUCUGCGUCGCAAGGCGAAGCACACGUCCAAGUUCCUCGCGAAGCUGGAGAUGGGCCUCGCGGGGACGCCCGUCCCAGAAAACAUGCCCAGCGUGUCGCAGAUGAGCCGCGCCGCGCGCCACGCACAUGACCGCAAGAGCCGCAUGGGGAAGGGCCGCGGCCUCGCGAAGAAAGGCGGCGCCGGCGGGAAGGGCACGUGGGGAAAGCCCGGGUGCGAGCUGGGAAGCGAGGCGGCGACGAACGACUCGCGCGACCCCAACUACGACUCUGGUGAGGACGAGGGCGGGAAGGCGAGGCGCGGGGUCGUCGUCAAGGAGCUACAGCCGGAGCUGACCGCGGACGAGACUCAUCGUGAGGUUGAGGAGGUCGUGAAGGAGUACUUCGAGCACGGAGACACCCACGACGUCGUCAUGUCCUUCGACGACCUCAACUUCGGGAAGACACGCUGCGAGAUCGUUUACAAGAUCAUCUCCAUGGCGAUGGAUCGCAAGGCGAUGCAGCGUGAGCUGGCGUCGCGCGUCAUCGCCGACCUGUACGGCAUCGCGCUAUCCAUCAACGACGUCGUCGACGCGUUCGACAAGCUGCAGAACGACCUGCCCGACCUGACGCUCGACACGCCCGAUGCGGCCGUCGUCCUUGGCAACUUCAUGGCUCGCUGCGUCGCCGACGACUGCCUGCCGCCACGCUACGUUCAUGCGUACGCCGGCCACGCGGACAACGGCGCGGCGAGCCAGGCGCUGGAGCGAGCGGAGGUGCUGCUGAGCAUGAAGCACGGAUUCGUGAGGCUCGACAACGUGUGGGGCGUCGGCGGUGGCAUCCGCCCCGUCAAGCUGCUCGUUAAGAAGAUGGUGCUGCUGCUGAAGGAGUACCUGUCGUCAGGAGACAUCAUCGAGGCAACGCGCUGCCUGCUGGAGCUGGAGGUGCCUCACUUCCAUCACGAGCUCGUGUACGAGGCGAUCGUGACCGUGGUUGAGGAUGGCGGAGAACGCAGCUCCACGAUGAUGGCCGCGCUGCUGAAGUCGCUCUACGACUCCGUCACCAUCACGCCCGUGCAGAUGGCGACCGGCUUCCACCGCGUCGUCGAUGAGCUGCCGGACCUGUGCCUCGACGUUCCGAACGCCAGCGCGCACGUGGAGAGGUUCGCGGCGGCCUGCGCAUCCGCCGGCGUCAUCACGGACGCCUUGCUGAGGAGGAACCUGGAUCGCGGCAGGAAGAGAUUCGUGUCGGAGGGAGAUGGAGGACGCGUCAAGGAAUUCAUGCCCAUCGCGAACAUAUAGGUGGCGCCGGGUGAGCGGCGGUGACGGUGGCGGGCGAGUUUUGUGCCCGUCGGUUAUAUGUAGGUGGCGCCGGGAGGAGUUGCGCAGACGGCGGGAGGGGGGAGAUUGUGCCUGUCAUUGAGUGCGGCGACGGGGCUAGAGGGAGACGGUGUCCGUCAUUAACGUCGGGGUAUGAGGUGUUGUUUCGUUUGUUAACAUCUAGAUGGCGCCGGGGGAG